AUGCUCUUUGUCCUAGUCUAUUAGUCUAUGUUUAUGUCGCAGGCAGAAAUAGUUGUGGGCUUGUUAUUGUGGAAUUACGAACAAUUAUUUUCAACAUUACAGUGAUUUAAUGAUUUCUAUCACCAUCAUUAAAACACCAUGGUACUCUGAAAUACAAAGAAACAGGCAUCCAAAUUCAAAUAUAUAAGAACAAGGGCAGAGCUUCAUCAUGUUUCAAAAACAGACUUUUGGAGGCACGAGUACUGGAUUCGGUUCGUUCAACGCGAGCGCAAACGCCGCGUCGCCGUUCAGCGGCUUCAAGCCCGCGGCGAGUACUAGUGCGUUCGGAGCUCCGCCUGCGUUCGGCGCUAGCACGACACCGCAACCAGCCGCCGGUGGUGGUUUAUUCGGUGCAACCAACAAUACGGGUGGACUUUUCGGCAACACAACAACACCGUCCUCCUUUGGUCAGAGCAGCGGCUUUGGGUUCGGUGCCAACACGUCCGGUGGAGGACUGUUCAGCAACAAUGCUGGCACUGGACUGUUCGCUGGUAACCAGAAUACUAGCGGUUUUGGAGCUAAGCCAGCCGGUUUCGGCUUUGGAGGUACCACGACUACUGGCACUACGGGGGGAUUGUUCGGUUCUGCGCCAUCCACAUCAACGGGACUUUUUGGCCAACAGAGCACCCCUCUUGGCGGCACUGGACUAUUCGGAAAUACAACCGGCGGAUUCGGCCAGCAGGCCCCCACGGGCACCGCCCACGUCAAGUAUAACCCGGUGGGGGGCACCGACGUGGUGGUCAAAUCGGGCUCCUCCCAGAAUGUCAGCAUCAAGCACCACUGUAUAACUUGCAUGAAGGAGUACGAGUCCAAGUCGCUGGAGGAGCUCCGCUUCGAGGACUACGCCGCGGGCCGCAAGGGAGCCUCCGGGGGCAUGUUCGGUGGCGGGUUCGGCCAGCAGACUGAGAACAAACCCCUCUUCGGGGGAUCCACAUUCGGUCAACCGGCUACCACCAGCGCGCCCAGUCUCUUCGGUGGAGGCAUCGGAUCCACCUCCGGCUUCGGCCAGACCAGCACGUUCUCAUUCGGCAGUAACGCGCAGUCGAAUACAAGCACAACGGGGUUGUUCGGUGCGAACAAACCUGCUUUCGGCGCCACCCCCGCGCCAGGUACCAGUCUUUUCGGAGCUACAACGACUCAAGCGCCCGCCUUCGGUACUAACACAUCGACUUUCGGCUUUGGGAGUACUGCGCCUAAUCAGAGCGGGGGUCUCUUCGGAGCCAAGCCCGCUACCACUGGCUUCGGUGCUACGCCCGCGAGUACGGGAUUCGGCGGCUUCGGCGGCGGAGGCCUGUUCGGUGCGAAGCCUCAGCAGACCACAGCUCCAACCUUCGGCUCCACGGCACCUGCUUUCGGUACAUCAACGGGCUUCGGCACCAACACGACCGGAUCGGGACUGUUCGGGGGCAACACGUUCGGGAAGCCGGCGACCACGCAACCAUCCUUCGGGUUCAACCAACCAACAAUGGGUCUCGGAACAGGACUCGGAACGUCCUUCCAGAACAAGCCGGCCGCGCCCGCGUUCGGAGCUCUAGGAGGGGGCUCCCUGUUCUCGCAGCCGAACGCGGCACCCGCCAACACCUUCAGGACAGGUCUCGACUCUGGUUUGGGCGGUGGAAGUCUGUUCGGCAACACGUCGUCGCUGGGCGGCACCGGCCUUGGGGGCAUGGGACAGAUGAACAUGAACAAUGGUUUAACUGGCGGAACCCUCUCGGGAGUGUCUACUGCGGGUAACGUUCACGAACACAUGCUAGCUUUAGCGGCGAGACCUUACGGCGACACGGGACUGUUUAAAGACCUCCUGCCCGAUGCAUCAUCAACAGCGGAGGAUGUGCUUAAACCCACCAAUCCACGGGCGGUGAAGGCUGUAUUAGACGGUGCGGCGUACAGAGUCACCUCUCCGCCACCGUCGGCGUCGCGGCUAAAAGUGUUCCCACGACCCAUCGCCUGCGCGAGAGAUAAGAAGUCACUCUUCGACGGCCUCGAGGAAUCCGAUCCCAGUAUAGAAGACAAGUUGACCUUGAAGCCGAGCAGGAAGCGACUCGUUCUACGCCCUAAGCCCCGGACCGAAGACAACGAGUCGAUAGAGCAUGCCGACAAUGAUAGAUCGUUGGAGGAACCGAGGCGGGAAGCAAACGAUUCCCAAGAGCAGGGCCAACCGGUCGCUUCGACACAGCAGGACUCGACGGGAAGCAAGCAGGAGUUUAUACGCGCUGAGAAGGAGCGCGGGGCGGAAAACAACGCUGAUAAUAACAAUUCCGAGGGGGCUUUCGACAGACACAGCAGUUGGUUGGGUCCGAAACAAGGUUGGAGCGAGAAGGAUAUGCCAGCAGAGAUCGAACCGACGCCCAGAUUGUAUCCCAAUUUAGACAAGGAGUUGCCAUUACAAAUAUCUGAGAGACGCGCCAGUUGGUUAACAACCAAAACCCUCCGGAAACCGCCGGCUAUGAACCCAGACUCCGCUGAGAACUCAGCGCGGGAGUUAGGACUGCGCUCCGAGAGAAGCAUGGAGGAGAACGUUGACACCUUCUCCGUGUCCGAAGGGGAGCACGUGCCCACCCGGGAUGCACCCCCCCACCCAGCCGGGGUGAAACUCACCAGGGCUGGCUACUACACCAUACCGACACUAGAAGAGAUGAUCAAUUACAUCCGGCCAGACGGGUCGUGUGUUGUCCCACAUCUGACCAUCGGCCGUAAGAACUACGGCAACGUUUACUACGACUGUGAAAUCGACGUUGCCGGAUUGGAUAUCGAUUCUUUGGUCCAUUUCCUGAAUAAGGAGAUCAUCAUCUACCCGGAGGACGAAGAGAAGCCGCCGGUGGGCGAGGGUCUGAACCGCCGCGCCAUCGUGACUCUAGAGCGCGUGUGGCCGCGGGACAAGACUGAGAAGCGACCCAUCACCGAACCCGACAGGUUAUGGAAGAUGGACUACGAGGGCAAACUCCGCCGCGUGUGCGACAAGCAUGACACUAAAUUCGUUGAAUAUCGCCCACAAACCGGCAGCUGGGUGUUCAGGGUCGAGCAUUUCAGCAAAUACGGCCUCACCGACUCCGAUGAAGAAGACGACAUAACACCAGAUGUGCUGAAGCGUCAAAUCGUCAACCAGAGCUUGCAGAAGUCCGCCGCGCCCGCUCCAAAACCACCAGUCGCGACCUCCACAGGGGCCCCCAACGUUGGUCUCGGUGGUUUGGGGGGUAUCGGCGAUUUAGGGGGCAUAGGUGGUUUCGGGGGUCUCGCUAAUCUGGGCGCGCUUAACGGCGCGAGCGGGCUCGCACCGUCUGAUGAAUUCUUCGCGAUGCAGCAAACUUCCCUCAAUCUGAUGGACGGCACUUCGAAAGCUUUCGACGUUGAGGCGGUUGAAGACAACAAUGAGGCGCAAAGUCUUUACGAUGACAAUAGAGCGUUCGGUGUAAAAAGUCCCACGACAGAGCUCGCGCGCUUGGAACACCGGCAGAGUCACCACGUGCAACUGAUGAAGGCGUCGCUGUACGCGGAUACGGAAAUGGAGGACGACACGUCCGUAUCGACGGGCGAGCAAUUGGUUCCGCACUCUAGGACCAGCGACAUAAGGUCGACAAUAAAACAAUCCGCGCCCACCAUAGUACACGAGAAAAGCUAUGAGGACGUUUCCCCCACUUUACUUCCACAGAGUGAAGAUAUAAUAAUGCGCCCGCUUUUAGUACAUCCGCACACUAUCGUUCUCAACUACCACAGGAAAGUGCCGCCUUUCAAGCAAACAAUCGCGGGUCGCGUGGACGCUGCAUACUUCGCGGACAUGUCCGUGUGCCGCUCCCGCCACAGUCGCAUCGGUUUCGGUCCAGCCGGCACCCUCGCUUACGUGUCCUCGUACGAUACUCUCAACGACUUGCCCAAAAGUGCAGAACUCAGUGAUAUCGGCAACUAUGUGACGGGGCGCGGCGUAGAUGAUUGGAGCGAGCCCACCGUCGCGAGAUUGGCCGUGGGGCGGGCACAAUCCGAAGUUGUUGCGGAAACGCUGUCACGUCAACUGGCGAGUCUGUUAGAGCUGUCGACAGUGUCCGACGCGGAUCCGAACCGACCGAACGUGUGUCCACGACUAGUCGUACGGCAAUCGCCUCAAGACAGACGCGAGCUGCUGAAGAGACUCCUCAAUGACGCGAGCAAGGCCAGGGAAUACAGUUCUAAUUUCGGCGUAUCAAGAAAUUACUGUCUGCAAGUGUGGAAGCUGUGCGAAGCUCUUUGGGGCGCUGACUUGGAUAACGAUGGUGUUCCCGGUACGGACAUCCAGUCGAAAGUGCACCGGCAUAAAUGCCUGCUGCAGUGGCUGAAGGAAGCUGUCGCUGACGUCACGGAUAAAGAACUCAGCGAGACCAGACAAGGGGAACCGGAAGACGAGUUGGACGGUCACAGCGCGAGAGUAUGGACCCUACUUCUAGGUGGGAGGGUGUUGGAGGCCUGCAAACUAUCAAAGGACUGUGGAGAUCUCAACAUGGCGACACUCAUCGCUCAGGCUACAGGAGAUCCAGCCUUCAAGUCGCUGAUAGCGCGCCAGCUGAACACUUGGCAGGAGUGCGGGGCGGACACCCUGAUCGCCGACAGUCGCCGCGCCACGCUGCACCUUGUCGCAGGGCUCCGCCCUUCGAGUCACCUGGAGACCUUGGACUGGAUACGCGCCUUGAGGGCCACUGCUCGGUACCUCUGCCCCCAAAUCCCGACUCUGGAGCAGAUAGUGCGCACAUACGAGAGCUACUUCAGCAGUUCCGAGGACGUUGACCUGAGCAGCCUGCCGGAGGAUGAAAUGGGCAUGAGUUUCCCGACGCCUCCGUACGACGAUGUGUAUACCCUAACUACGAGUAACGGCAGCACUCGACGCGUUCUCGACCUCCGCUACGAGUUGAUACGUGCGCGCGCCUUCAACGUCCGCCCCAAACUGAGCACCGCCACAUACACACCUGAUCCCUUUGACUACAGUCUGAGUUUUCUCCUGGGCGCCUGGUUCGGCAGCCCGUCAGUGGUCACCAUCGCUGGCGCGGCGGAACAGCUGGAGGUCCAGGGUUACUGGCAUCUCGCGGUGCAGGUCUUGGCUUACCAUCCAGACGAUGUCGCGCGCAGUUAUCUCAUACGAGGUGUAAUAUCACGCCACGCACCAUCCAAGGCUGACACCCCGGAACUGAAGAGUCGUUUGGAGCUGAUAAAGAAGCUAGGGGUCCCGGAGAAAUGGCUGCUGCUGGCUCAGGCUUAUAGAGCGAAAUAUGAGCGCAAGCCGUCUUUAGAGGUGGAGUGCCUCGUGGGUGCGGAGGAGUGGCAUUCCGCACACCGGCUGUUGCUGGAGGAAUUGCUGCCGGAAGCCGUGCUGGCCGAUAACCUCCAAAGCAUCAAGGUUUUACUGGAGAAGAUGAGCGCAGCUGCCGCGAGACACGAGGUGAGCGGAUGGGAGACCGGCGGUCAGGCAUUGUAUCACUACCUCAAAGUUUGUGAGGAGAUCCGCGGUUUGGUCAACGCGGUGGAGGCCAGCCCCCCUUCCGCCAGUGGGGGGGUCACGGCUCGCCUUGAGGCGCUUCGCCCAGCGUUGGCCGCUGCAUGCCGAGCGCUCAAAGGGCUCAGCCCUAAGACUGCGCGACACGCGGCGGCCCGUGCGGAGAUGGGCGCCCGGUUGGUGCAACUCGCGCUGGCGGCCGGCGAGCCCCCGCCGCACCUAGCAGCCCUACUGCAACAGUUACGCCUGCCGCCCGACUCCGCUGCGCAAGCGGUGCACAAGAUAACAACAGACUUAGCAGAAAAGGCAUCGGAACUAUGUAUCGAUUCAACGCAGAGUUCCCCUCUCUCCUCGCACCAUAGGCCAGCAAUCCGAAGUUAAAAAGAGAACGCAAUAUUUCCGUACAUUUCACUGCAAAAUUCACAUGCAAAAUGCUCUGCGAAGUAUUUUAAUAUUCAAUUAUGAAUUUAAAAAAAUAGACUAAUGGCAUAAGCACACUGAAGUCGGGAAGAGAGCAGACCAAGUCAUUUUUUAAAACCAAUCAUAUUUUUGAAAUUGAAAUAGGUUAUUUGACUGUAAUAAACAUACAUCUUGUUUUGUGUAGCUUGUAGCUUAAAGAUUUUUCAAUAUUAUUUCAUUUCACUAGACUAGAAAAUAAAGUAUAAAUUAAUUAAUUUUUAACAUCGACAAGGUGGCCAAUGCAAAUAAACAUACAACAAAAAAAAUAACAUUUCCUGCAACGAUUUCCGUGUGUUUAGUGCUUAAUAGUUUUCCUAAAUAAUUAUAAUAUAUAUUUUCCUUUCCCUAACCGGAUGAAAAUUUGUUUAUGUAGGUUAUGUUAUUUAUAUGAGCUUAAAAAUCGAGACAUUUCAUAAAAAAUAAUGUGAAAAUAUGGUAAACCAUUUUUUUUAAACAUGUUUAAAUAAAUACUUAUAAACACAGGCAUUCGUGAAUGCUGACAGAAAUUGAAACUCGAAACUAUUAAAUAACUGCGUUUCGAUAGUACUUGAUAUUUUAUUUUUCUACAUAUACAUAUAAGAGUAUUAAGACCUCACUGUUAUGAUUUAAAAAUUAAUCAAAUCAAAGAAUAAAUCACGAACAUAUAAUACAAAUUAAUUGUUUUUUACCCAUCCAAAAGAGUUAAACAUGCAUACAGAUGCAGUCAGACUCACUCGUGUAUAUACAAUGUAUUAGUUACUAUAUGCGCAUGUUCACAUACACGUCGCUAGUCUGUCGCAAUACCACGGUGACGCGGAGAAUUUACUCUACCGAAAAUCGCUCUGCGUGGCCAAAUAAGUUUGCACUGCAAAAAUAUCUCCUUUGUUUCUUUUUUUUUUGUAAAACAUACUUUACAAACUAUGAAGAAGAAACCGAAUUGUUAUGUUACUAUUAGACAAUUAAAUUAUUUCCAAGCUCUGGAUCUUAGUUUAGUUUAGAGUUAAAUGAUUUAAAAAACAACUUUUUGUGAAUCCCUGUUAAUCUAAUGUGUCAUUUAAUAAUUUCACUUCCUUAUUCCUCUUAAGUAUUCGAACCAAAAAUUUUAAUACUUUUCGACAUUUUAAAUAAAAUUGUGUAAAGAAAUUACCUCGGUUAGAUAUCAACGUGACUGCAAUGGCUUCACAAGUCUAUAAUAAUGUAAAAACUGAUAUUAAUCUGCGGUGUCGCUCGUUAAAAUCUAGUUUUCAGAGUUUAUUGAGGAAAAAGCAUGGUUUAAAAAUUUAUUUUUGAAUGUAUAAGGAAUGUUCUAAAAGUGUUUGAAGAACGUUCCUAGAAUCGUGGUGUUGGUCUCGUGACGUCAAAAGACUGUAAACAGAGAUUCAACCAAUCAAUAGCGUUUGAGAUCACGUGACAUGGGCUCUUGAAAAUCUUGUGUAUAGAAUUAAUUAGUAAAUUAGGAAUGUUCAUUAAAUAUCUAUUAGUUAAAUAAAAAACAAUACUGGAAAGCUCUCGGCCUUGUAGUUCCAAUCAUUAUAACUAACA